AUGGUAGGUCACCUACAGCUGCAAGGGAUGGACGAGAGCCUGAAGGAGAAGAGCCGGGAAGGCUUGUUGGACAGCCCGGACUCGGGGCUGCCCCCCAGCCCCAGCCCCCCUUUCUACUCCCUCUCGCCCGGUGAGGGCCGAGCUGGGGGCAGCAGCGGUGCGGACCCCCCGGCCCCGGGGCACCGGCGAGAGGCCAAGGACGGCAAAGUGAUGCCAUACCUGCUUCUGAACCCAUCCAUGCUGGAGAUGAAGCCUCGAAUGUACCCUGUGUUUUUUGGAGAAAGCAUUGAGGUCAGCCCUGAGCCUGUGCAGGAGAUCAGGUGCAAUUCUGAGGUGAAGUACGACUCUGAGAAGCAUUAUCGGGAUGACAUCUUCUACAGCCCCAUCCCCACCGUCACCACCUACAGCGAGACCAUCAUUGCUGCUCCCAAUAGCACCUGGCGGAACUACAAGUCCCAGCUGAUCUUUGAGCCCCGCCAGAAGCCACUGAAGUUUCAGAGCACGACCAUCAUUUUCCCUAAGCGUGCCAAGAACAUUUACCGGACCACCCUCAACUACAGCUUGGGUUGUGCCAAGCGUUGGUUUGCUUCCAGUGUGCAGCUGGAACUCUGUGAGGAAAGCAGCCCCUGUGUCAUCUACAGUGAGACCCUCUGA